CCGCCGAGGCCGGGCGUGCGCCUGAGGCGCGGCGGCGGCGGCGGCGGCGGCCCUGCGGGCGGCCGGGAGGGGCGGGGGCAGCGGCCGCCGCCGUUUGAUGGAUCCGAGGAUCGCCUGGUUCCAGCCAGAGCAGCUCGGACCGUCCAACAGUCUGUGGAUGCAGAUCUGGGAGACGACCCAGGGGCUGAGGAACCUCUACUUCAACCACCACUGUCACAGCAGCGGCGGCGCGAGCGGCGGCGGCGGCGGCGGCGGCGGGGGCAGCGGGGGCAGCGGCGGCGGCAGCGGGGGCAGCAGCGGCGGCAGCGGGGGCAGCAGCGGCGGCAGCGGGGGCAGCAGCAGUAGCAGCGGCAGCAGCGGCAGCGGCGGCGGCGGCAGCGGCUCGGCCACCGGCGGCAGCGGGAGCAGCACCGGCAGCGCCGCGCCCGCCCCGGCCCCGGCCCCGGCCCCGGGCCCGGCCGGCAUGUACCGCUCCGGGGAGCGCCUGCUGGGCGGCCACGCGCAGCCGGCGGAGCAGCGGGACUUCCUGCCCCUGGAGACGACCAACAACAACAACAACCACCACCAGCCCGCGGCCUGGGCCCGCCGGGCGCCCGCGGGCCCCGCGCCCGCGUCCCCGUCCCCCUCGGCGUCCUCGUCCCCGCACCCGGCGCCCGCCGCGCCCGCCGCGGAGCCCGCGGACCCGGCCUCGGGCAGCAGCAACAAGAGGAAGCGCGACAACAAGGCCAGCACCUACGGACUCAACUACAGCCUGCUGCAGCCCGGCGUGGGGCGGGCCGCGGGGGGCGGCCGGGCCGACGGCGGCGGGGGCGUGUACAGCGGGACCCCGUGGAAGCGGAGGAAUUACAACCAGGGAGUCGUGGGUCUACACGAAGAAAUCAGUGAUUUUUAUGAAUAUAUGUCUCCAAGACCCGAGGAGGAGAAGAUGCGGAUGGAGGUGGUGAACAGGAUCGAGAGUGUCAUCAAGGAGCUCUGGCCCAGUGCUGACGUCCAGAUAUUUGGAAGUUUUAAAACUGGCCUGUAUUUGCCUACUAGUGACAUCGAUCUGGUGGUGUUCGGGAAGUGGGAGAACCUGCCCCUCUGGACCCUGGAAGAAGCUCUCCGGAAGCAUAAAGUCGCAGACGAGGAUUCGGUGAAAGUCCUGGACAAAGCGACCGUACCCAUUAUUAAAUUAACAGAUUCUUUUACUGAAGUGAAAGUCGAUAUCAGCUUUAAUGUACAGAACGGCGUGAGAGCGGCUGACCUCAUCAAAGAUUUUACCAAGAAAUACCCUGUAUUACCAUAUUUGGUUUUAGUAUUGAAACAAUUCCUGCUGCAGAGGGACCUCAAUGAAGUAUUCACAGGUGGAAUUGGCUCUUAUAGUCUCUUUUUAAUGGCAGUCAGUUUCCUUCAGUUACAUCCUAGGGAAGAUGCUUGCAUCCCCAAUACAAACUAUGGUGUUCUCUUAAUAGAAUUUUUUGAAUUAUACGGACGACACUUCAAUUAUUUAAAGACUGGCAUCCGGAUAAAGGAUGGUGGUUCAUAUGUGGCCAAAGAUGAAGUACAGAAAAAUAUGCUCGAUGGCUACCGGCCAUCCAUGCUUUAUAUUGAAGAUCCUUUACAACCAGGUAACGACGUGGGAAGGAGUUCCUACGGGGCCAUGCAGGUGAAGCAGGCCUUCGAUUAUGCCUACGUUGUCCUCAGCCACGCGGUCUCGCCCAUAGCAAAGUACUACCCCAACAACGAGACAGAGAGCAUAUUGGGUAGAAUAAUCCGAGUCACGGACGAAGUUGCCACGUACCGGGAUUGGAUAUCCAAGCAGUGGGGCCUGAAGAACAGGCCCGAGCCCUCGUGCAACGGAAAUGGUGUUACCUUGAUAGUAGAUACUCAGCAGUUAGAUAAAUGUAAUAAUAAUAUAUCUGAAGAAAAUGAAGCCCCUGGAAAAUGUAGAAGUAAAACCUCGGAGUCCCUUAGUAAACACUCUUCAAACUCUUCAUCAGGUCCAGUGUCUUCCUCCUCUGCCACACAGUCCAGCUCUAGCGAUGUCGGAUCACUCCUGGCGAGGCUCGGGGGACCAUGUUGGGUGCUGGGGAUCAAACCUGGAUCGCCCAUGUACAAGGACUCCGAUGCCACGCCAUGCAAAACCCCGAAGCAGCUGCUCUGCCGGCCAGCCGCCGGAAACCGAGUGGGAGCGCAGGACGUGCCCUUGGAGUGCACCCAGGCCGUGGGGAAAAUACAGAGCACCCAGACCACCAAUGCGGCGAACAGCACCAACAAGUCCCAGCACGGAUCAGCAAGGCUCUUCCGUUCUUCCAGCAAAGGCUUCCAAGGUACCACUCAGACAAGCCAUGGUUCCUUGAUGGCAAACAAACAGCAUCAAGGCAAAUCCAAUAAUCAGUAUUACCAUGGCAAAAAGAGGAAACACAAGAGGGACGCGCCCCUCUCAGACCUCUGUAGAUAGUCGGCGUCGUUGCGAUGGACUGUCAGCUGUGUGCAGUGACCUCAUGCUCAGGACAGUUCGGGAUAGGGACUCCUGGGACACAUGCAGGAGCCUGACACUGUUCAGACGUUGAUUUAGCAACUGCGUUUUUUCCCAGCUCGCCACGGAAUGGAUCAUGAAGACUGACAACUGCAAAAAAUAAAAACAAAAAAACAAAAAACAAAAAAGACAAAAAAACACACAAAAAGCAAGCAAAAAAGGGGGGGGGAAGGCUGCUCAUUUGAUAAGUCAUAUGCUACAACAGGGUCAUUUUAAGAUUUAAAGCUUGAAUGUAAAAUAAAUAUAUUUCUCAUUGGCUUUAUGCAGAGUUAUAGGGAAAUAGUAUUCAGUGUGGGUAGGGCGCUAGGAACAGAGCAAUUUCAGAGGAUGGGUGGGGAAGGAACACAAAGGUAUCUUAUAGGAAGUUCAGAUUUCCAAAGGGUAAAGUGAUCGGUGCAUGUUUGUUUGUUUGUUUUUUUUAAAUAUUUUUGCAUAUAUUUACCAUUUUAUUGUGUGUAUAUAUAGACGAACCAUAUAGGAAAUUGAUAUUUGUAAUAGUGGAUUUGUUAAUACUUUUUACAUAACAUUACUGUUUAAAUUGUAAACAGAUUUUUCUCAGGAUUAGUUUAAAGAAACCGUAAUCUGAAUUGUCAUCUUAACAUCCACCUAUAGGGAAGUGAUUAGUUCUAUGACUCAAUUUGUUUUUUCCUCAGCCUUGAAAUGACUUAAUAGAACCCUUGUGACCUGCUGCAAAAUUUUUCCUCUCUACAGAAAAAAAAAAAGGUUUAAUGGUGGCAAAUGACCGUUUUUAUUUUCUUUUGUAACGAAGAAAAUGUACUAUGUACUUUUGUGUAAACACUGAACAACCUCUAGUCAUCUCUAAGAAUUAACUUGCAACUGUUUCUAUAGUGAUGUCUGUCUUGGGCCACGGGCAAUUACACGACUUCGUUUGUUUCCUUUGCAGUCUUUUACCCUCCCUCCUUCCCACCAGGGAAAGAGGCCCCCGGGUGUGGCCCCCCGCCCCGUCACAGUGAGACCUUGAUCCCACAGACUGCAUGCUCACUCCUCUCGCCGCCCCGCUCUUGCCCUGUGCUCUUCGUGUACUCCUUUUUUCUCAUCUCUUCUUUUCUAAAAUUCAUGCUUAACUACUGUGGGAGAGAAUAACUGUAAACAGCUUUAAUUAAAUCAUACUUAUAAAAAAAAAACAAACCUAUUUUCUUAUACUCCACUUUAUGCUUUUGGUAUUGUUGAUCUUUAAAAAUUAAAUGGUCUUUGAUAAUGGAUCCAUUUUGUAUUGCCUUAUUAAGACCAAAUACUUCUUGUCAUCCCAUUCUUUAUCCUCUCCUUUCACGGAAUUAUCUUUAAUUAAAACUUUUUAAACAUUGGCUUGUUUCAAUCAUACUGUAAAUUUUGGUUGUGGUCAGCUCUGAGUGCAAAUGAGAUGUAUAAUUCUGUUAUUCAUGACAUGUUGAGUUUGAAACUCGUUGGGAAUAUUUAAUAUGCUAGAAUGUAAGUGAUGUUUCUAAAAAUGCUUUCUUUCGAGGUGAAAGCUCUUUUGUUUAGCAUCAGUGUGUGUGUGGCUCUUAAAUAUAGCCAUUUCUGAGAUGAGAUUCAUAUAUCUAUAUCUAUAUAUAUAUACAUAUAUAUAGUACUAUUGGCUUUUAGAAAUUUCUUUUAUAUACAUUUAUGAAAUACUGAAGACCAAUCAGACCAUUAAUGGACACUUAGUGCAACUUUUUAUAAAGAAAAUAAUGCUAAAGUAAGACCAAAACUGAAGUCAUCACUGAAAUCAACAAUUUUCAAUAUGUUCGUAUUUUAAUUCACAGCAAUGGCAACAGAAAUGUGUUCCAAAACUGGAAACUCAUAAUACUUGUGUAAACCGUGGGAGAUUUUAAAUGUGAUGUUAUUUUGACAAUGUUUUAAAUUUUAGAGUCACAUUUUAUUCUGAUCAGAAUUUUUAUCAAGAAUGUUGAGCUUUUGUGUUUUUGGUUUUUUUUUUUUUGAAACUAGUUUGUCAUAACAUAUUGUGCAAAAAUCACAGUAUUUAUUUUCUAGGACUAUUGUGAAUGUGUAGACUUAUGUUUACUGCUAAGGGAACAAUUAUUUAUAAAAUAAUAUUAAAUCCAGUAUUAGCUGCCUAUUUCAGACACUUAAUACUCGCAGAGAUCCAUGUUACAUUUACCACACUGAAGUUUUUUGUUUCGUUUUGUUUUUUUAAAGAAUCACCCUCAUUGUUGAAAGUAAAUGUACUCUUAGGGUGCGGAUAUUAGUGUUACAAUAAGCAUGUGAUUAUAUUAAGGUGGUGGUAGCGGGAAGAUAAUCUUGAUUCCAUUGGGAAUCUUAGGUUUUCGUAAAUUUAUUGGGAAAAUAGUUUUUCCUGUACUGCUGAAGUUUCUUUUUGGUAAACAGUAUCUUUCUAAAAGAAAAAAGCAUGAAGGAGAAAACCGAGGUGUGUACAUUUCCUCAAAUGACCAGCAUUGUAUUCGUGAAUACUGUGUAUCUUGCAAUGGGCAGUGUGGAAGCUGUUCAUUUUUCAACCUGAAGUAAAAGACUUUCAAGAACUUUUA